UAUUUAAAUCCUUCUUUCUGCUCCUCGCAGCUUCCCGAGCUUCGACGUCAAGCGUGCUCUUGGCCUGGAUCCUUGUCGAAUUCAGAUGCCGCUGUUGUUUGGAUAGGCCAGUGCCCUCUUUCACAUCGGAUAGGUCCAUGAUUCAUCUUCGUCUGAAGCUGUUCGUUCCUCGAGGUUUUGGCCCGUUCGUUAGUGUCAGUCGCUUUGGAGAGCGAGUUUUGAUAGCCUUGACCCAUCUACCGUCAGUUGUAUCCUUCUUUUGACUCAUGGCCGAGGCUCUCUAGAAUCAACACAAACCUCCCGUCGUACAAUCAGUGUCGAUAAAUUAGUCGCCUUUCCAACUCAUGGUAGCGCUUCAGUUUAGUGCGUUUAAUCUGUCGGACCCUGUACAUGCUAGUUCGCGUCGGGAAUAGUCCCCUAAUUUGUUACUGAGCUCUUCUCGUUCGACCCGCGAAAUAUCCGGCCUAUGGUUUUAUUAAAGCCCUCUGUCGCCUUGAAGGAGUAUCCUAAACGUAGCCUCGACACAACCGUUUGUCCGUACAAUCCCUUAUCCAAUAAGGUGCUCUUCCGCGGCAAGCACAAUCAAACGAAUUUUAGUGAAGUCGGAGACGUCUCAGAGCCCGAAUAAAUCCUAGAAGUGAUUAAAGGCAUGGCGAGAAAAGGCGGGCACAUAGUCGGGAUUCUCGAUGUUCAUAUUCUCCAAGCGGAGACUCUACCUGACCGCUCCACGCUCGGCGCGCAGGAUGUGUACGCCAAGGUGCUGUGCGGCGAUCGCGACCCGCUCGGUCGCGUCGCGCUCACCACGCGGACGAUCAAAGGAGGCGGCACGGACCCAGUCUUCGAUCAGCGGCUACAGGUUGGGAUUCCCGAGCGUGCCACCGAGCUUAAGUGCGAGGUUUGGUUCGCUAGCCACCACCGAGGCACCACGGAAGAUCAGCUGCUCGCGUUUGUGUACAUUCCGAUAAGAGACGCUUUGGAGAAGCAAGGCGAACAGGACUUUCCACUCACCACUGUAGAUAGCGAGGGGCGCACUAUAGCGAGUACAGCCCGAAUCUCCAUCUCUUUUGCCUACCACCCACGCCCUGGCUUCUCCUCCCCCUUCUUCUCCUCCUCAUCCUCCUCCACCUCCGCUUCCUCCUCCUCUGCUGCUCGUGCGGCCACUUCUAAGCCUGCCAGUAUCGCUGGCGGGAUGCUUAGUAAAGCGAUAGCGGCGGCUUUUUCCCGCCGGGCAGCGGAAAAAGCGGCGGGUCAGGGAAGUGCAGGGGUGGGAGUGAGGCUAGAGGGGCCGCAGCAAGAGCAGCAACAGCAGCAGCAGCAACAGCAACAGCAGCAGCAGCAGCAACAGCAGCAGCAGCAGCAGCAGCAGCAGCAGCAGCAGGUGUACCAACAAGAACGUUUGCAUCGGAUGCAACUGCAACAUCAAGAGCAGCAUAGGGAGGCAAGGGAAGAGCAGCAGCAGCAGCAGCAGCAGCAGCAGCAGCAGCAGCAGCAGCAGCAGCAGCAGCAGCAGCAGCAGCAGCAGCAGCAGCAGCAGCAGCAGCAGCAGCAGCAGCAGCAGCAGGAGCAGCAGCUACAAUUGCAGCAGUUGCAAGAGCAGCAGAGAGAGCAGCAGCAAGAGCAGUCCCCAGUCCCAUCUCAGCAGCUAGGCCCUCUCUCGUUACUCAUGGAAAGGCAAGGGGUCAGAGAUCCGGCCAAAAUGGACCUGAUCCAAGCGCUGAGAGACGUGGCAGAGGUGGACAGACUAGCCGGCAGCAGCAGCAGCAGCCACAGCAGCAAGCGUUUAAGGUCGAAAUCUGGGCCCCUGAGAAUGGGCGCUGAUGAGCCAGUGGGGCCUGCUGAGUCAGCAGCUCGUGCUGAGUCAGCGGCCUCUGACACGUCAUCAGAAGUGCAAGCAGCAGCAGCAGCAGCAGCAGCAGCCGCAGGAGCAGUCGUUGCUGCUGGUUCUGCUGGAGCAGCUUCGGGAUCUGCCGAACCUUCUGGCCCUGGCCAACGCAGGCUGAAGUACCGAGCCAGGAUGGGAGGUUCGGGAAGGUUGUUGAGCAGUAGCGGGGAACUCUAUAAGGGGGCGAAGGAAACGAUAGGCGACAGAGGGCCUGAACCGUGGUUUGGUGAACGGUUAGGAGGAGUGGGAGGGGGUGGAUGGUCUGGAGGAGGAUUUGGUAGGGGGGGUGCAGCAGAGCCUGUCAGUCCGUCUCUGCCUUCGCCUUUUGAGUCGACUCAAAAGCCUGAACGGUUAGGAGGAGUGGGAGGGGGUGGAUGGUCUGGAGGAGGUUUUGAUAACGGGGGAGCAGAGCCUGUCAGUCCUUAUCUGCCUUCCUCUCUCUCUGCUGACGCUGCUGCAGGUGCUGCCGCAGAUGCUGGCUUUGCUGGGGAGAGGGACGUGAAUAUGCCCAAGGUGCUGGUUGCAUGGGAGCAGCAGCAGCAGCAGCAGGUGGAAGGGCAGGCAGCACAGCAGCAGCAGGUACAUUCGUUUGAGCAGGAAAAAACCCCUGUUCUCCCGCCUGCUCGCAUUUACAGGGGGAUGAGGCGGGGUAGCAGCAUUGGGAGCAGUAGCAGCAGCGGCAGUGGUGGGUUUGGUAGGCUAAGGGGCGGUCUCUUCUAUAUCAGUGGGGGGGGAAGCUGGCAGCAGCAACAACAGCAGCAGCAGCACUCACCACAGGAGCUGUUGCUUCAGAACCCAGAGCAGCAGCAACAGCAGGAGUGGCAACAACAGCACCCGCAGCACCUACAGCAGCAGCAGCCGCAGCAGGAGCAGCAAGAGUGGCAGCAGCAGCAGCAGCAGCAGCAGCAAGAGUGGCAGCAGCAGCAGCAGCAAGAGUGGCAGCAGGAGAGUCUUACGAGCAGCGCCAGUGCAUGUGGCACCAAUUCAGGCACCACAGAGGAAGUCUCCUCAAGCACAUACCAGAUAAUGGGAGGUCCGGAGCAAGAGGGGAUGCAGAGGGAGGAUGUGAGGGGGAUGCGAGUGGGUGAGGCGCAGAGGAGUCUCUCUGAAAUGGCUUUGAUGGCUCCUAAGGAAGAACGGCUUGGGAUGGAAGGGGAGGGGGGGAGAGGGACGGAGGGAAGGGAAGGGGAUGGUGAGGGGAAGUGGAGGAUGGAGGAGGGUGUGGCACAACAGUAUCGGUAUCAGCACCAACAGCAGCAGCAGCAUGUGCAGCAGCAGCAGCAGCAGCAGUAUGUGCAGCAGCAGCAGCAGCAGCAGCAUGUGGAGCAGCAGCAGCAGCAUGUGCAGCAGCAGCAGCAGCAUGCGCAGCAGCGACAGCAUCAGUUAUCUGAAGAUCAGUAUCAGCAGCAGCAGCAACAACAAGAAUACCCGCAGCAGCAGCAGCAGCAGCAGCAGCAGCAUGACGACGACCACCAGCAGUACCAGCAUGAGCAGUUCACUCAGCAGCAUGGGGAGUUUGUGGUAUUGCCCGCACAGCAGCAUCAACCGGGGCAGCCCCAGCAGCAGCAGUAUCAGCCACACAUGCAGCAGCAGCAGCAGCAGCAGCAGCAGCAGCAGCAGCAGCACCUGCCCCAGUUCCACCAACAGCAGCCACCGCAGCAGCAGCAUCUGGCCCACCAGCAGCAGCAACAGAGUGAGGAGCAGAGGGCCACAUUGGUGCUGCCAGAGGGCAGCAGCUUCGAUGAGCGGCGGCAGCACCAGCAGCAGCAGCAGCAGCAGCAGCGCCAGCAGCAGCAACAGAGUGAGGAGCAGAGGGCCACCGUGGUGCUGCCAGAGGGCAGCAGCUUCGAUGAGCUCAUGAUGGAAGCCAGUGGGGCUCUCAGUGACUUCCACAUGACUGCUCCAGAGGGGUUUGAUGCGGUGAGAAGUGGUCCGGAGGGAUUAAGGACCCAGCUACAACAGCAGCAGAUACAGCAGCAGGAGGCGAUUCAGCAACUCCAGCAGCAGCAGCAGCAGCAGCAGCAGCAGCAGCAAGAAAACGUGGGGUACCAUCCCGCUGACCAGCAAGAGCAGCACGAACGGCAUGAGCAUCAGCAGCAGCAGCAGCAUCAACAGCAUCAUCAACAGCAUCACCAUCAACAGCCGCAGAAUCGGCAGUAUCAGCAACCACAUGUAGAGCAAAUGAUGCACGGACAGCACCAGCAGCAGCCACAGCAGAUGUACUAUCAGUAUCAGCAUCAGGACCAGCAGCAGUACCAAUACCAGCAGCAGCAACAGCAGUACCAUCAACACCAACCACUGCAACAGCAACAGCAACAGCAACAGCAACAGCAACAGCAGGUGUCAAAUGUGCCACAGUACCAGCAGCCAUUUCACCAGCAACAGCAGCAACUGCCACAGCCACGGCUUUCUCAUUUCGAAAAACAGGCGGAAGCUUUCCAACAGCACACACAGCAGCCAUUGCAGCAGCAGCCACAAGCUUUCCAACAGCCAUUGCUGCAGCAGCCACAAGCUUUCCAGCAGCCAUUGCAACAGCAGCAGCCUUUUUACCAGCACAGGGCAGCGGUGCAAAGGCGCCCCCUGGGAGACGUUGUGGGGAAUAAGGCUCGGUCUGUAGCAGAAGGGCCGGUGCCAGCUGUCGUGAUGGGAUUGGGCAAUGAGGCUUGGAAGAGGGCCGGAAUGGAGGAGAGGAGGGAGGUGGAGAGGGAAAGGGUGGCUGGUGUGGGAAGGGCAGGGCAGACGGACGGAGAGCAGCAGAUGUGGCAACAGCAAAUACAGCAGCAGCACCAGCAGCCGCAACAGCAGCAGCAGCAGCAACAGCAGCAGCUGUUUCAGCAGCAGCAGCAGCGCUGGUAUGUAAGUCACGAGCACCAUGGACAUCAGCAGCAGCAGCAGCAGCAGCAGCAGCAGCAUGAAGUGGCACAGCCAAAAUCUCUCCGCCUCGUCCUUCCGAAGUUCCUGACAAGAAGCAGCAGUCGUCGGGAGGAGGGUCAGGUGCAGGGUCAGGUGCAGGGUCAGGUGCAGGGUCAGGUGCAGAUUGGGGCAGAAAGCGAAGUGAGAUUGCAACAACCCCCUGUGCAGCCACCAUCCAUGCAACAAUCAUCCAUGCAACUACCAUCCAUGCAACCACCAUCCAUGCAGCAACAACCACCCAUGCAGCAACCAUCCAUGCGUCAACCAGCGGUGGAGCAACCGCAUGCGCAUGUACCAGUAUUUAUGCCGCCACUGCAUGCUCAGCAGCAGGAGCAUGUGGACUUCCAGAAAGUGCAUAUGCAGCAGCAGAGCGUGCCAAUGCACGUGCACCCUGUCCCCAUGCAGGAACGAGCCUCGCACAUGCAGCAGCGGAGCGAGGGCAUGGAGCACCAAAGUUGGCACAUGCAGCAGCCGAGCAUGGGUAUGGAACCCCAAAGUGGGCACAUGCAGCAGUAUCACGCUAUGCCUGCUGCUGACCCACUUGCAUUGCAGCAGUCACCUCCUAUGCUGCAAGAGGUACCACUGUCGCAGCAUGCACCCCCCCCCAUCAUGCAGCAUGCACCCCCCCCCAUGAUGCAGCAUGCAUCGCAGCAUGCACCCCCCGUGACUGUACAUGCAUCACAGCACAUGCCAGGGCAGGUUUCAACUCCCUCCAUGGACUCACAUCCGCAUGAACAGUUUCCACAUCCUCAUAGGCACCAGCAGCAGCAGCAGCAGCAGCAACCAGCACGGCCUCUAGAAUCAUUACCAGCAGCAGCAGCACCUGCAGCAAUCCCAGCAGAUCCAUCAGCACAGCCUCAAGGGUUCGCAUCUGGCGUAACAGUGCAAGUGAAGGGAGAUUGGAAGGUGUACGACAACCAGUUGGCUAAGAUGCAUCCAGAUGACAUGCACAGAUGACAUCCAAAUGAGCUGUUGCCCUUGUGAUCAUGGAUCAUGUUAUUUUGUCAUGGGCUGAGUCCAGGGCCUCAGAUUGGUUUCGGACUGCCCUGAUUGCUCAGUAUCAUCAUGCAGAAAAAAACUUUCCGUCAGCAUCUCAAGCUAAAACUUUGCUGAUUUGUCAGGGUCGGUACCUAACCGUUUGCUGAUACAUCACUGUUGCCGCAGGCAUUCAUGCUUUUCUGUUCACAAUCCUGAACUAGCUACUUUGGCAGUUAAGGG